AUCAGACGGACCGAACACUUUAUUAAAGAUUUGACAGAGUCAUAAAUAACAACAAACAUGAGCUCAACGGCGCAAACGGUAAAAUCAUUAUGCACAACCUGCUCGGACUUGUUCCGACCUUUCCCGAUAGGACACGAUUAACGUUGAUACUCGUAUUCGUAAAGAUGCCUUUCACGUGAGACUCGCUCUUCCUAAACAUCUCUACUCUUCCAUUCCACAAUAUAAUGCCCUCCGCGAAUGAACUAUCUCGGGAUGGUUUUUUUGGUCCCAUUACUGCGUCUCUGGAUUGGUGCGAGGCAAACUACCAAUUCUCAUAUUACAUUGCAGAAUUGGUAAAUACCUUAUCCAAUCUAUUUACUCUUUAUCUGGCAAUAAGAGGGGCCAAGAACCUUCGUCAGGAAUCCCUUCCGGGUAGAUUUCUUGUUGGCUGUAUCGGAUUCGCUUUGAUUGGGGCUGGAAGUUUUGCUUUCCACGCGUCUCUGCUUUAUGAAGCUCAACUAGCAGAUGAACUACCUAUGAUAUAUGUUGCGUCAAUGAGCAUUUGGAUUUUGUACGACUACCAGCUCGGCUUCGAUCUCUCCUCAAUCCAGACAAAAUCUCAAGUUGCUUUCUUGGUUCUGUUCGAUGCCCUCUUUACCUGGAGCUAUGCUGUAUAUCGGAACCCCGUUUACCAUCAAGUCGUGUUCGCGGCACUGGUCAUCUCUUGUGCAAUACGGAUUGCCUAUCUUCUCAACUGGUCUCCUGUUCGCACCCGGAUACCAGAUAGCAAAAAGCAAGUUAUCGCACAAAUGUUCACCACUGGGGCAGUCACCUUCGCUUCCGGUUUCUUGGUUUGGAACUUGGACAUAAUUUUUUGUGGUACUCUUACAAAUUGGAAACGGAAUCUCGGCUGGCCUGCUGCAUUUCUGCUGGAAGGACAUUCCUGGUGGCAUCUACUCACCGGUUUGGGGACCUAUUACAUGUUUAUCGGAAUACAAUACAUUACCUUAUGCAUCAAAGACGACCACCGCAAAUUUACAAUGGCCCGGCGAUCCUGGCUUCCAUAUGUGAAGCGCCUGGACAAAUAGCAGGCAUCUGCCAUCUUUACUGCUUACCACUUCGUGUCUGCUAGAAUUUUCCU